UGGUGGAUAAGAUUGUGCUGGCAGGUGAGGAAGGAGCAGCUGCCUCAGCACAGAGGCAGCUCUGGGCACAGGGCUGGGCUCCCUUGGAGGGGAAUCCUCAGACGUUCUCCCUUUCUCUCUCCAGGAAAAAGUCAUGGAGAGAUUCCAGUUACACCUAAGGAUCCAUGCUUUGUGCCUUCUCUUGAGGCCUGGGAGCAGCACAACAGCGUCUGUUACUACCUCCUGAAAGAUGAGAGGACCUGGGAGCAGGCUCAGAAUCGAUGCUCCAAGCUCGGGGCCUCCCUGGCCGUGCUCAGUGACAAGGAAAUGGACCACAUCUUCCACCUCAAUGGCAACCUGGAUUACUGGCUCGGGCUGCGGAGACGGGGCGAGCGGCUGCAGUGGGUGGACGGCAGCAGCUACAACUCCAGGCUGGAGGUCCUUGGCAAUUCAGAGUGUGUGUACCUGGCGGACCAUAAACUCAGGAGUGAGGACUGUUCAAAGCAGCUGCCGUAUCUCUGCAGCAAACCCCAACCCCCAACCUCACCUGUAAUGGAAGUGAGGGAGAAAGGACCUUCUCUAUCCUGAAGACUCACAACUUUCCUUCUUCCACUAGCCCAGGGAUGUCCUCCUGCAGGUGAACAUUUGCUUUGUGACACAUCUCAGCACAACCUCAGGAACCUCGGUGCCUUUUGUCAUUGUCACCUCAGUAGCUGGUCUCAAGGAGGUGAACCUGCAGGGACAUGAUGUGGAAGUGGACAUGUGCCUCUGUGGACUAUGGGUUUCUUUCUCCAGAAGUUUUCCUAAUUUUCUAUGACUAUAUGUUUACACCUUAACGAUGCAGAUGUAUAACACUACGUGUGCAUAUGAAGUAUUUAUCUGCUGCUCAACACUACAUGAAUCUGUGAAUGUGAAUGUACAAUGUCCUGAUUGUGGCCUCAGCAGAGUUACUGUAUCAGUGCUGCUGCUGUGCUUCUCUCUUCUUCUCCUUUUUUACCCAUUUGUAUUAAAGUUUUUAGGACCCCA